CUGCCGCUAGAGGGACGUGAAUGUUAUUGAUUGGUCGUGCAUCUGCAUACACGUCGCGGACGAUAGGUAUCAAAGGCAAGUGAGGCCUGUUACUACGCAAGAGGCAGCUCAGAACUGUUGCUGUUCAAAUACAGGAUUAAAAUAACACACAAAGCACAGCGCAGUUUGGGCCUGUUUUCGUCUGCCGUCUCGAAUUACUCCACGUUGACAUUUAAAAAUGGCCCUCAGCAGGUUAAAUACAUUUACCACUAAAUCUAGUCUUUUCAGGCAACUACCGCAAAAUGCCAAAUGCCUGUCAAACCUCAUACUCGGGGAACCCUCAGGCCCAAGUGUCAAGACUCCCAUUCCUGGUCCCAAAUCCAAGGAAAUGAUCAGCGAACUCAACACUAUCCAGUUUGCCAACACUGUCAUCUACUUCACCGACUACAACAAGAGCAUAGGAAAUUACAUUGUCGAUGUUGAUGGCAAUGUUUUGCUGGACGUUUACACCCAAAUCUCUUCCCUGCCAUUGGGUUACAAUCACCCUGAUCUUCUCAAAGUUCUGCAAGAUCCCGACAACCAAAGAACUUUCAUCAACAGGCCGUCCUUAGGUCUCUUUCCAGGGCAAGGCUGGCCUCAAAAGCUAACCAGCAGUUUGUUGUCUGUAGCUCCUAAAGGCCAUUCUCAGGUGACAACAAUGGCCUGUGGCUCUUGCUCCAACGAGAAUGCCUUCAAAGCCGCGUUCAUGUGGUAUCGAAACAAGCAACGAGGAGGAGCACCCAUCACCGAAGAGGAAAACACCAGCUGCAUGAUGAACGUUGCUCCUGGCUCGACGCCAUUCACCAUCAUGUCGUUCAAAGGUGGUUUCCACGGCCGAACGAUUGGAGUCCUUUCAACAACCCACUCUAAAGCGAUUCACAAGCUGGAUAUUCCCGCUUUGGAUUGGCCCAUCGCCAGUUUCCCGCGGUACAAGUACCCACUUGAAGAAUUCGCCGAGGAAAAUAAAGCCGAGGAUCGCAAAUGCCUUGCCGAAGUGGAAGAGGAAUUUGAACGUUUCAAUAAAGCUGGCAAAUUUGUGGCCGGUGUGAUCAUCGAGCCCGUUCAAGCCGAAGGAGGUGACAACCACGCCUCGCCGGAAUUCUUCCAGGAGCUCCAGCGCAUCACCAAAAAGAAUGGAGCAGCUCUCAUCAUCGACGAGGUCCAAACAGGUGGUGGAGCUUCUGGCAAAUAUUGGUGCCACGAGCACUUCCACUUGCCCGAACCGGCGGAUUUCGUCACGUUCAGUAAGAAGAUGCUCACCGGAGGUUAUUACAGUUUGCCUGAAUUCAGACCUCAACAAGGAUACAGGAUUUUCAACACGUGGAUGGGCGAGCCGUCCAAAGUGUUGUUGCUGGACAAAGUUAUCGAGGUCAUCAAGCGUGAUAAUCUAUUGAGCAUUGUCCAAGCAUCCGGCAAAAAACUAAUGGACGGACUGAUGGACAUGUCGAAACGCUACCCUCAACAUGUGAAAAACGUGCGAGGUAUCGGCACUUUCUGCGCCUUUGAUUCGAGCAGUGCCGAGAAGCGCGACGAGAUUGUAGCCAAAUUGAAAGAAAAGGGCAUUCAAUCCGGAGGAUGUGGUGAUUUAUCGCUGCGUAUAAGACCAGCCCUGGUGUUCCAGCCGUAUCACGCCGACAUUUUUCUCGAGAAGUUUGAGAAGGUUUUGAAGAAAAUCAAAACUGUCUAGAAGAGUAGAGAAAAUCGCUGCCAGCAAUUCGAGAGAGAGAGAGAAGUAAUUAGAAAAGCAACGCGUUGAUUGUUUUUUUAAGUUGUGCAAAUGUUUCUUUAUCCCUCUUUCCAAUUUCCCCUUCCUUUUUGAAUUCUACUCGGUGUGUUGCCGUUCAUCACUCAUCUCUUCAAUAAAAAUACAAUAUUCCAAAGGUCUUCCAUUUCACCUUUAGUGCAUUGAUAACACAUUUUUUUGGUUCACUGUCGGGAGUAUUUUUUCCGUUUUUUAGCGUGUUUGCUUGAUUCGUAUCUACAGUUGGGUUGUUGUUCCAUCUGAUUUA